AUGCACAGCGCCCAGGGUGUUUACGAAAGUCCUCAGUCCUCUCAUUGCUUACCUCAGACACCAAGGGAUCACACUCUCCCCAUAUUUGGACGACCUCCUAAUAAGGUCGCCUUCCUACGAGCAGAGUCUUCGAGACACUCAAAUUUGUGUCACUGCUCUCAAACAACACGGUUGGCUCAUCAACCACAAAAAGAGCCAGCUCCAACCGUCACAGAAAAUCCAAUUCCUGGGGAUGUGGUUCGACUCCUCCCUGCAGACUAUCUCAUUGACCUCAGAGAAGAUCCAAACGAUCACGCUCACAGCUCAUCAUGUCCGCCUGCUAUCCACGGUGUCCGCAGAACUUUGCCUUCGUUUGUUGGGCUACAUGGUAGCAGCACUGGAGGCCCUGCCCUUCGGCAGGUUCCACAUGAGAGUGUUUCAAAAUCAUUUUCUGAGGCAUUGGAACAAGGAUCACUUCAACCUGUCCCAACAAAUUCCAAUGACAGAGUCAAUAAAGCAGUCAUUACAAUGGUGGACAUUGACGCCCAACCUUGCCUCGGGGAGAACUUGGACCACACACCAAUGGACAGUGGUCACAACAGACGCCAGUCUCACGGGUUGGGGGGCCACUUGGCCACCUCGCAAUUGCCAAGGCACCUGGUCGCCGGAGGAAUCCAGGUUACCAAUCAACGUUCUAGAAAUCAGAGCGAUAAAGAAUGCCCUUCUUCAUUGGUCACCGGAACUGACGGGAAGACCGCUCAGGAUUCAGUCCGACAAUGCCACAGCAGUGGCCUACCUAAACAAACAGGGCGGUACUCGCAGCCCCCGAGCAAUGAAGGAAGUGGCUCAGAUCUUCGACUGGGCGGAAUCCCAUGUUCCAGUCGUCUCCGCAGUUUUCAUACCGGGCGUACUAAAUUGGGAGGCGGAUUACCUCAGCCGGCAACAGAUAGACCAAGGAGAGUGGGAACUGCAUCCAGAGGUGUUUCAACAACUCGUUUCCAGAUGUGGGGCACCAGACAAAGACAUGUUGGCCUCAAGACACAACUUCAAAGUUCCUACUUACUGCGCCAGGUCUCAAGACCCGGGGGCAGCGUUUGUGGACGCCUUAGUCAUACCAUGGACUUUCGGGAAGGUUUAUGCUUUUCCACCUCUAGCUCUACUGCCACGAGUCAUACGCAAGAUCCGACAGGAGGGGACGCAAACCAUACUUAUCGCCCCAGAUUGGCCAAGGAGGGCAUGGUACUCCGAGAUUAUGACCUUACUAGUAGCUCCUCCGUGGCGGUUGCCUCUCAGACAGGAUUUACUAAUGCAAGGCCCAGUAAAACACGACAAUUUACAAGGUCUCCAUUUGACGGCGUGGCUCUUGAAUCCGAAAUCUGGCUGGCCAAAGGGUUUUCAGAACAGGCCACAGACAUUCUGCUGAAAGCCCGAAAACAAUCCACAUCUAAGGUUUACCAUAAAACAUGGAAGACUUUUAUAGACUGGUGUGAGGCCAUGGGGUUUCCAUGGCGCCAAGCCUCUAUACAAACCAUUGUCGAAUUUCUCACUCAGGGUUUUCAACUCGGCUUAUCCUUGGCUACUCUGAAAGGCCAGGUUUCAGCGCUUUCCUUAUUGCUUCAGCAUCAGUGGGCUAGGGAACCAGACCUUAUACAGUUUCUUCAAGGGGUGGGUAAGGUUAGGCCUCCCUUUAGGGACCCCACUCCCCCUUGGGACCUUACCACAGUGCUCCACGCCUUGCAGGGCCCCCCCUUUGAGCCAUUAGCAUCUUGUUCCUUGAAGUUCCUUACCUGGAAGAUGUCUUUUCUCUUAGCAAUUACAUCUGCGAAACGGGUUUCAGAUAUAGCGGCCCUAUCCCAAAAAGAACCUUGGCUUAUUCUGCACCAAGACAGGGUGGUUUUUCGUACAGUUCCAUCAUUUACUCCCAAGGUUGUCUCUUCCUUUCACAUUAACGAGGAGAUUAACUUACCUUCACUAUGUCCACGGCCCUCUAAUGUGAAAGAAAAAGAAUUGCACAAGCUAGAUGUGGUCAGAGCAAUUCGUUAUUAUUUGGAUAGGUCCAAAUCCUAUAGGAAGACAGAUACCUUUUUGGUGACUUAUGGGUACAACCAGGGUUCUCCAGCGAACUAUUGCUAGGUGGUUGGUGGACACAAUUAAUUGUGCUUACGAUGUCAUUGACAAAUCCAGACCGUUUAAAGUCAAAGCUCAUUCCACCAGGGCACUGAGCACUUCUUGGGCUCUUUAUAAUUCAGCAACACCUGAACAAAUUUGUAGAGCAGCCACUUGGGCUUCACUCUCAACCUUUUCCAAAUUUUACAGACUACACGUCUUUCAUUCAGCCCCUGCAGCCUUUGGUAGGAAAGUUUUACAGGCUGCAGUGAGGCGCUAGUAAUUAUCUCAUCCCACCCAGAUCGGGGACCAGCUUUUGGACGUCCCCAUAGCGUCUGCACUGACAGGAAGGGCCGGCUAGAGAGAGAAGGAUUUUUAACUUACCGAAAAAUCUUUUUCUAGACGGCCUGGACUGUCAGUGCAGUAAGCCCCACCCUGAUAAUUCCGUUCUGUUAAGUUGUUAUGUUAACAUGUUAUGAUAUUGUUAUGUUGUACACUGCUUGCAUGUUUUUUCUGCUAUUCUCCUCCACACUAAGCUGGCAAACUAACUGAGGGGUUCAGGAGGAGCAUCAGUAUAUAUCAAGGGGGUGGAGCCGAAUCUUUUUCUUCUGUCCUGCCUCCGGAGAUGGAUACUUAACCCCAUAGCGUCUGCACUGACAGUCCAGGCCGUCUAGAAAAAGAUUUUUCGGUAAGUUAAAAAUCCUUCUUUUACCUGUAUUGGUAAUCUCUAUCCCUACCAUUGAGCCAGUGAUUGCGCCUUCAACCUCAUUGAAUUGUUUGUACGACGUGACCAGAGUGGAACUACUGGACGGAGGGAUAGAGCUCUCACCUCGUAUGUGGAGUCGACUGCGCUUAUACUUGUGUUUCUCUGCAGAGCCUGCCUUCGGGGAAGUGAACGAGCUGGACGGCGUGUUUGUGAAUGGCAGGCCCCUGCCCAAUGCCAUCCGGCUACGGAUCAGAUCAGAGAAAGACGGCUAUUCUGGCACCAAGAAUAUUCCCUCUGCCUGACAGCUCUGUGGGGUUUAUACAACUUCCCACUUCCACCAGUUGCCCUUACCCAUUGCUCAGCUUGAGUUCUCUGCACGCAGCGCUACCCAGCUCAGGCCGCUCACAAUCUGCGCUUUCCCUGACUGGCCAGUGUGAUUCCCACUUCUGAUGACGUCACUUCCCGUUUCCAGCAAUAGC